UCCCCCACGCGUUUUAGCUCAAAUAUCUGCUAGGGAAAAAAAUCCAAAACCACAAUUAUUAUCCUCUUCUAUUCUAAAGAGAUCUGGGCUUCUGGCUCUGGUAGGCUCUCCGCUCCCGUGAGAUCGCCAAAACAGCCGAGACUUGACACCGCUCGGCUGUGUGGUGGGGUGGCCUUCUCCCUCCCGCUGGCCACGGCCCACGGGCAGCAGCCACUGGUUCCGUCUCCACCGCUCGUGCUCUCCUGUCAGAAUCCGAAAAAAUGGCGGCGCCUGCAACCGCAACCCUAUCCUUGGCUUCAGUUCCUUGCAGGAAGCAUCAGCUCCGGCGUGGCGCCAGUACCUUCAACGCGCGACAACUCAGUGCUUCCAGCUCCCACUGGCAGCCCUCUGCCACUCUGAGGUGGGGAGUGCCAAGACCACGCGCCGGCGCGGCGAAGCGGGUCAUCGUCGCCCAGGCCGGCGCCGGCAGCUACAAGGUGGCCAUCCUUGGCGCCGCGGGUGGGAUUGGGGAGCCGCUCUCGCUCCUGAUCAAGAUGUCCCCGCUCGUCUCGGCGCUGCACCUCUACGACACCGCCAACGUCAACGGUGUCGCCGCCGAUCUCAGCCACUGCAACACGCAGGUGGAGGUCGCCGGCUUCACCGGAAAAGAUGAGCUCGUCGGCAGCCUAGACGGCGCGGACGUGGUGGUUAUCCCCGCCGGCGCGCCCCGGAAGCCCGGCAUGACGCCGGACGACCUGUUCAGCGUCAACGCCGGCAUCGUGAAGGAGCUCGUGGAGGCGGUGGCGGACCACGCGCCGGGCGCGCUGAUCCACAUCAUCACGUACCCGGUGAACUCCACGGUCCCGAUCGCCGCCGAGGUCCUCAAGCGGAAGGGCGCGUACGACCCGCGGAAGCUGCUCGGCGUCACGACCCUGGACGUGGUCCGCGCCAACGCGUUCAUCGCGGCGGCCAAGGGCCUCCCGCUGGCCGACGUCGACGUGCCGGUCGUGGGCGGCCACGCGGGGACCACCAUCCUGCCGCUGCUGUCCAAGGCGCGGCCCAAGGCGGCGUUCACGGACGAGGAGGUCGAGGAGCUCACGGCCAGGGUCCAGAACGCCGGCACCGAGGUGGUGGAGGCCAUGGCCGGCGCCGAGUCCGCGACGCUGUCCAUGGCGUACGCCGAGGCGCGGUUCCUGGAGGCGUCGCUGCGGGGGCUCGACGGCGACGCCGACGUGUACGAGUGCGCGUACGUGCAGUCCCAGGUGGUGCCGGAGCUCCCGUUCUUCGCGUCCAGGGUGAAGCUCGGGAGGGAAGGGGUGGAGGAGGCGGUGGGAUCGGAGCUCAGGGGGCUCUCGGACUACGAGGCGCGCGCGCUGGAGGCCCUCAAGCCGCAGCUCAAGGCCAGCAUCGACAAGGGCAUCGCGUACGUGCAGCAGCAGCAGGAGGCAGCGUUGAACUGAGCCUGCUGAAGAAUUGGCCAUCGUCUUGUGUCAGGUCUGGGAUGCUGGGCUGUGCCGGUUUUGUAGCACUGCACACAAAACAUUCUUUUUCUACUGAAGAUUGGAGUUGGACGGAACAAUGAAAAGAAAAAAAAAACUCUGAAUCUUUGCGAGAUGCAAAUGCUGAAAAGUGAAAACAACCGGAUCCCCUAGAAA